GAAACCCUGAAACUUUUAUAAUGAAUUCGUGUGUAGAUGUCUUCAUCCGUGAGCUCGGACAUAUUAUGUCCUAAUAAUGGGGACGUGAUAUGGACUUCAAUUAAGCUACCUAAUGGAGAAGAGUCAAGAUAUCGGACAAACUUUACUGAGCUUCGUCCUAUAGGGUCCGGUGGCUUUGGGGUUGUGGCAGAAUGCGAAAAUAAGUUGGACCAAAAGGUUUAUGCUGUAAAAAAAAUAUCUUUGAAGGCUGCCAAUAUGUCUUUUCAGAAAAUCUCGAGGUACAAUAUACAAUUUUCAAUUACAUUUUUUUACUUGUUAUGUAAUCGCAUGUAUAAACUAUUAUAUGUUGAGAGAGAGUGUGAGCAUUUUUAUACUGGAAUCAUGACAUAAAUGCUAGAAUAAGUAUGUGUACAAUUGCAUGCUUAGGAACUCAAUAGAAAAAGACUGGCUCGUAAUUCGAUAAUUUAAUACUGAAAAUAUCAUUAGCAAAUAAAAUUAACAUCUUGUUGUAAAUAAGCAUAACUUUUUUUUUUAAUUAGAUGAAAUAAGCAUAACCUUUUUAAAAGAAUAUUGAAUUCCAUGAACGUCAAAAAACUUUAGUAGAAUGUGAUACUCUAUUCCAUGCUACCAAAUAGAGUGCAAGUUUGCCAAAAUGGCAGGGCGCACACACUUGUAAACAAUUGAGAAAGACACUACCCCAAUAUCACUUUAAAACUGAUUUGGACCAUGAACAGCCUCACAAACAGUUUCCAGAUCAAAUUCAGCCUUUUUCCUCCCAGCCACUUUUUUGUUUUCUUAGAAUUUAGAACAGAGGUUCAAUGCCCUUCUUAUGUAGCUAAAAAACAUAGCGAACUGAGUGCAAUCAAGGAGCAUGAAUUCUUGGUGUUAACAGCUAUUGAUCCUUGUUCAUCUAAUAACAUAUAGACAGGAAAAUGGUGUGCGAUCAACAAGGAAAAGAAAAGUUUAAUCAUUGUUUACUAUUUACUUGGAAUAAAAUAUCCACUUUAUAUGGCAAUAUUUGAUUCUAUGUUAACUGGACCUAGAAGUUUACAUUUUGGAACAAAAUCUAUAGCUCUAAUUUGUGAGAGUCCUGCACAAACUGUAGGACCUCACUGUAGACCUUUGCCACUGUUCGUCCUAUUCUAAUAAAUGCAUUGAGCACCAUCACCAUGCCAAUUAAUAUAGGGAAUGGGAGUUCAAUGCAUUUGUAUCAGAUGGAAAUUCAAUAAGCUGUAUAGGAAGAAACUUAAUAUUGGACACCAUUUUCCUGCGGAGUAGCCAAACUAAGGAAACCUCAGGAUCAAUAUUUCGGAGACUGCCAUCCACAACAAUAACCAAGUAGCUUGUCCACCAUGCACGCAUUUUUCCUGAGAGUGCAUUUCCUUAAACCCCCUAAAAUACCUCACAUUCUGUUCACUUCACAUGCUAACUGCCCUACACAUCAAGUUAUGUUACAGCAAUUUAUCUGUAUAAUUAAAUUUAUUUUUGAGCAUGUGGACUUAUGCCAUUGUCUGCAAGUUGUCAAUGCCAUGGAUGUUUGUUACUGCUUGGUGAAUCUGAUUGUCACUUCAUUUGAGAUCUUAUUUAAUUUAACUGGGGUUUUUAUUUUUAACC